AUGCCUGAAAUCAUGGACUCGGAUGCCUCCCUGCGGCCCUGCUCCGUCCCUGAAUCGCAUCCUCACGUGAAACAGCUGCACGCCCGAUUUUCCUUUGGAUUUAGCAACUGCGCGGGGUGCCAAUUCCACCUGGCGUGCAGAUCUGAAGAUCAAGCGGAGUGCAUCUCACGGAUCGUGCAGCUCCGUUCAUCGCAGGCGGUUGCCAUGGAAGGCUUGCCAGGAUUGGAAACUGACCAUGUGGAAACCAGGGAGGCUCAAAGUUAUUUGGAGGACACAGAUGUCACCUCUUCACCGGCUGGGAUUUUUCACACAGCUCCUGCCACCCUGCCAUUCUCCAGUACUCCCAGACCUCCAAUUUGCGUGGAGGAAGCUCAACCCUCGCGGGAAAUCGUUCAGCACAAUUUGCAGCUUCCAGAGGAGCUUCUUUCCGCACUGUUGGAUGAACCAAAGGUCCCAGAGCCCUUGGUACUUCAACAUGUCUGGCUUCAUUUGCCACCAGUCUGUCCUCAUUAUCACCGUUGCCUCCUUCAGGUGGAUAAGUUGGGCCUAUCUUUGAGACCACUUGGAAGAUCCAGGAAAGCCGCGGAGCUUCACCCCAUCUCAGGGCUUAAGGUGCUGCAAACGGAAUCCUUGAGCUUCCCGCUCUCAUCCAUUUUGGAUGUGGAAGAAGUCUUCGAACUCCUCCCCCCCAUGGGCCCCAUGGGUGUUUCAGUGGAACCUCGCACUUGGAAGCAGCAGUUUGGCCGCAAGCACUACAUCCCCUUGGCGCGUUUCAUCUUUUCCAGGCCUUGGAAGGCCUCCGAGAAGCAAAAGCCCUGCCCGGAGUAUGCCGAACGCCUUCCCGCCGCAGCAGCCUAUUUCGCUGUGGUGAAAGUCCGCGCCGGAGUGACGGGCAAGAUGCCUGGACAGGAGCGGAGACCAGCUUGGCGGAUGCGGGAUCCCCGUCCCCCAGUCCAGCUUGCGCUGGCUUUCUACCAGAAGGAAGAGGUGACCAAGCUCAUUGCCACAGUGCUCUCCUUCAAAUCGUACCAGGCAUCCACUGCUUUGCAAAGCAUCCUCUUCAAGACGCGAGCGAUCCACGCACGGUCAAAGAUACCAUGUGAGGCGGAAGAGUCGCCACAAGACGCUCCAAGCGAAGCAAGGUUAUCUGCCAGUCAACCUCGGAUCAUCUCCAACGAUGAUGGAGAGGUCUUUUGGUACGUACCGAAGAAGCAGGAGGUGGCCAUGGCGCAGGUUGAAAGCCAGCAAUUGCGCAGGGCGAGCAUGCAGGACUAUAGGAGUUUUCCCUUAUAUCUGUCACAAGAAAUUUGGGAUGCUCUUGCUGAUCUUGCUGAUCGGAAGAUGUCUCAAGUGAGUCGGGUUGAUCGCUUGGUUCGGCACUUAGUGAACAACCUUGGAAUGCGUCAUCCGACGGAACCAUCGAUGGCUGUCAUUGCCUCGCUGGUGGGACAGCAGGACAAUUUGACAAUUCCACAGCUGCUGACGUUGCUACAAACGGUCAAGAGUGUCUUGAAGACAACAGUGACACGGGCUGGACACUCUGGCAUUCCAUUGCCAGCAGGUCGCUAUUUGGAGUUGUUGCCCAACCAGGUGGCAGAGUUGCCGAGCGAUGUGGCAGAGGCGAUGGCCCCUGGCGGAUUCGCUGCUCCUCCCAUGUCUGUGGAUUUGAAUGUGGUCUGGCAAACUGCCCGCACCAUUCCUUUGCGGAACACACAUCGCGAGGUGCAGUUGCAGAGGCAGUUGGGGAAUCAGCAGAACACGCUGGCCCUGCAGGGCUUUCCGGAUCCUCGCCUGGCAGGUUUGCAAAUGGCACAGACGGUUGCAAUUUUUGCCGUUGCCAUGGGUGGGCAGACGGCAGUCAGGCAGCCUGAUGCGCUAUUGCCGAAUCUGCAAAUUUUUGGAGACGCGGAAGUGAAAGCUGCGGCCGCGCCUGAGGGCACGGGAUCUGCUGGCGACAAGCCUGCAUCAACGCUGGUGAGAGCCGCUGCUCAGAAAGCUGUGCCACCGCAGAAGGCGGAAGGCAAAGCUCCUGGAAAGGCAGCUGCGGCUGCAGAUGCCGCAGGGCACCACAAGGAACUGAUGGUAGCGCUGCUCAAGACAGCCAUGGAAACGGCUGGCAAGUCUUUCCAGUAG